AUUCUGAAAACAACAACCAAUCAGCCUUUCCGUUAUUUCGGGUUGGUCUAAUUACUAAAUUUUUCCCGGGAAACUCAACAGUAAUGUAGAACCAGGAAAACUUCCCAACCGAAGUAAUUGAUGGUCGUAUCUCGUUUCUCUUCCCAGUAAAACUCUUAAAAAAUCCAGUAAAAGGAGAGCUAGCCCUUGCGAAAGAAAUUUCAACACAGAAAACCCUUCUGAAGGCGAGUGAGACACAGAGAAAGAGAGAGAGGGAAAGCUGAUCUCUCUUAUCUCUACUUCUUUAUAGGGGUCUAUCUCUCUCUGAAUCAAUUUUGAGAUUUGGGGCAAAUUCCUGCGAUGGGAGAUCCUUCAACUCCUUCAAUCGACAAUCGAUCAGGUCUGAGAGGACCUUCUUCGUCUUUGAUCUCCUCUGCUUCUCCUCCUCCUCCUUCUUCAAAGUUGAAUCUCCCUCCUAACAUGUCUCGAAGCGCGCUGUCCUUAGAUGCUUCUCCUUCUUCUAGCCACAUAGAUCGUAUGUUGGGUGUAGGUUACCAUCCUUCGCCUUCUAGAACUAUCUACAGCGACCGUUUCAUUCCUAGCAGAUCUGGCUCCAAUUUUGCUCUCUUCGAUAUAUCGCCUUCGUCCCACUCGUUGGCCGAAGGUCGGGAGGACGGUUCCGGUGUCUACACCACUCUGUUGAAGACCGUACUUCUUGGGCCCGAUUCUGCGAAUGUUUCGCCUGUGACCCCUGAGAAGCAAGCGGGAUUCAGUGGGGCGCAUUCGCCAUUGAGCCCUCCAAGUAGGAAUAUCUUUAGAUAUAAGACGGAAACGCGGCGUUCGCUCUACCCUCUUUCUCCGUUUGGGCUUGACGAUGCACUGCCCGGGGUUAUUCCUAGCCCAGCCAAGACUCCGCGAAAGGUUCCUAGGUCGCCUUACAAGGUGCUAGAUGCUCCUCAAUUGCAAGAUGAUUUCUAUCUGAAUCUUGUGGAUUGGUCUUCGCACAAUGUGCUGGCUGUGGGUUUGGGUAACUGCGUUUAUCUAUGGAAUGCCUGUAGCAGCAAGGUGACAAAACUUUGCGACUUAGGUGUGGAUGACAGUGUCUGUUCAGUGGGGUGGGCGCAGCGUGGCACUCACCUGGCUGUCGGAACCAAUAAUGGCAAAGUCCAGAUUUGGGAUGCAUCACGCUGUCGUAGGGUGAGGACUAUGGAGAGUCAUCGACUACGAGUUGGGGCUCUUGCCUGGAGUUCAUCACUGUUGUCUUCAGGUAGUCGGGAUAAGACUAUUCUUCAACGUGAUAUACGUGCUCAGGAAGAUUUUGUUAGCAAGCUGACUGGGCACAAGUCAGAGGUUUGUGGACUGAAGUGGUCUUAUGAUAAUCGUGAGCUAGCAUCUGGAGGAAAUGAUAAUAGACUUUUUGUUUGGAAUCAACAUUCCACACAACCUGUGUUGAAAUACUGUGAGCACACUGCAGCUGUAAAAGCAAUUGCAUGGUCCCCACAUCUGCAUGGGCUUCUUGCUUCUGGUGGUGGAACUGCAGAUCGGUGCAUCCGAUUUUGGAAUACGACCACUAACUCGCAUUUGAGCUGCAUAGACACAGGGAGUCAGGUAUGCAAUCUUGUGUGGUCCAAGAAUGUCAAUGAACUUGUCAGCACCCAUGGUUACUCGCAGAAUCAAAUAAUUGUAUGGAGAUAUCCUUCCAUGUCAAAGUUGGCAACACUUACUGGCCAUACAUAUAGAGUUCUUUAUCUUGCCAUCUCACCUGAUGGACAGACAAUUGUCACCGGAGCAGGAGAUGAAACACUUAGGUUCUGGAAUGUUUUCCCUUCUCCAAAAUCACAGAACACCGACAGCGACAUUGGAGCAUCAUCUCUCGGCAGAACUCAAAUCCGGUGAUCACUGCUGGUACUCUAACAUUGAAUUGCAAACAACUGGGAAUCCUUGAUGCAGUCCAAGAAUGAGAAAGGUUGUCUUUUAUUACAGGUCUGGAUCAUGACGCAGAUACUUAUAGUUAGAUCUGCUUCAACCACGUCACUAACCAGAAAUUGAGGGAACCAAAGAAGUAAUGAUAAGAGAGAGUCAUCUAUUCCAGUCUCUUGCAAGUUGCAGAUUUUGAAUCUCUUUUUACCUUUUCCUUUUUACCUCAUAGAGAUGAUGUAUAGUGGGAGUUUGUCGAUAAUCAUUGCUGGCUGCUCCCUCGCUUUGUUGUAUAAUUGGAGAGAAAUAGAAGACUAAUGGAUGAAGGGAACAUCAAGAUGUAACAUGCUCUUAUGCUUUUGUAAAUAAAUUAUUUUUCUUUCA